AUGCAUCCCACAAAUCCGACUCGAUUGGGUUUAGCACUCAAUUUCUCAGUUUUCUUUUACGAAAUACUCAACACACCCGAGAAAGCCUGUCAACUCGCAAAGCAGGCAUUCGACGAUGCGAUAGCCGAGUUGGAUUCGCUGACGGAAGAAACCUACAAGGAUAGUACACUGAUAAUGCAACUGCUUCGUGACAACAUAACACUUUGGGCAUCCGACAGUUCCAUCGAAGAGCACGAAAGUAACGCCGAACAA